ACUUUUGGUACACACUGAAGAAAACGUCAGUGUGUCGAAAAUCGAGGAAAUCCCCGGUGAAUAUACUUUCCAUCCUGUGUUUGUGCAGCAGAGCGUUGAUGUGGAACAUAAACGCUAUCAAAAUAUUGUAGGCACAACUGGCCGCUUUGACAUUUCCUCUGAUUUAAUCAACUCAUUAUUGUGGUACCGUAUGCCACAUUACUCAUUGGAAUAGUAUGGCCUCCCUGAGAAGAUGUUUUGUGUUUCUGACAAAGACUGCCAAGACUGGGAAAAAUUUCACAUGUCUGAAUGGCAGAAAAUUGUGUUUACAACAAAGUGCAUCACACAUGACAUUGGCUAGAGCAGAGUUGGUGAAACCGUCUUUGCUUCACAGACUGGCAGGAACAUCUGACCUUUCCAGGACAUUUACCCAUCAUUCUCACAGGAGUGAGGACCAUGAUUCCCCGCCUGAAAAACUAUCUGAUAGUUCGCUGAACUGUCGUCUUGCUGCUGAAAAUGGGUAUCUGUCCUGGACAAGGAACGCCUACAUCUCCUGUGUGGCAGGCUGUGCCCUACUCACACAUGUACAAACUGAGUCAAUGGUGGACGCUGUAUUUGGUAUACUUUUCAUAUCGUGGAUGAACAUGACGUGUGGAACUGCUGUUUACACGUGGAACUUGCUGUCGAUGCGGAGGCGGGUACAGAUGAGUGGUCCCCUCACUUUUUUCUACCUCACAAUGGUUCUGCUUCAUUUCAUGAUAUUUACAGCAGCCAUGGUGGUCAACCAUGCCGACUUCGACUCCACAAAGAUAGAGGGACUGAAACCUGAGGAAUCUGAGCUGAGUUAACUUUACCUGAUGGCAUAACUAAAUACUCUUGAUAAUGCUUAAUAUAUAAUGCUGGUUCUAUUAUUGAUAAUUUCUAGAUCCAAUAAUAUUUUUUAUAGUUAUGAUGAUUAAAAAGUUAAUUUUUUUAUUGUCAAGUGUCUUAGAAUAUAGAGGUUUGUUAUACAAACAGAGCUUCACAGAUGUCUACAUAAAAGUAGUAAAAUAAUGUGUACUGGGAAACUUUCAUCCGGAUAAACUUUCGCCCUACACAGGUAAAAUCUAUUUCGCACAAUGUUAAUUUCGCCCUUCACGUUUGAUUACUACAUUUAUUAUAUCGCUAACUACAGUUCGCUGUAAUGAUAACAUCACUCUCGUUUAAUACAGAGGGCAAAAAAGGUGAAAACUACACUGAGGUGAAAAUUUCUUGGUAUACAGUAAUUCAUUGGAGACUAGGAGGCUUGUUUUAAGUUUACAUGGCGUGAAGAUCAUGUGAGGUUAAGCCAUGGUACAUUGUCUGUCGUCGGUCCAUUGACUUUUCAUGAAUAAUUCCAUAUUCAGAAAGGCUACAUGGUUAAGAUAAGGGGAAUCAAUUUGGAUUAAAUGAAGAGUGGGGCAUACCCGGGGGAAAGUUCAUCCAGGUUAGCAGUACAGGCCUGUUAUUAAAAAUCCACAUCAAGUGACAAUUGGCAGAGGAGAUUGUUUUUACAAAAUUCUGAUGUCAAGAGAUAUUUCGCAAUGGGAGAUUUAUUUUAUUUUGUCAAAAUUAGUCACUAAUCUUAUAAAGAUAUUUAGAGACAUUUUGUGCUUUGUUUGCCACCCAAGUCCAUAACAAAACGGUGAUGAUGAAGGAUUCAUGUAUUAGCAAUAUUUCUUGUCAUCAUACUAAAUGUUGAGCUUUUCGCUAGGACGUUGAUGAAAAUAAUUUACAUUUGUGACUAGUCCUUACAAAUGGGGUGAAAAUGGUCCUGGGCUUAAUCCAGAAUAGUUAACUUUAGCUAAAGGUCUUGAUGUAAAACAUGUAUAUAUUAUACACAUGCUGAUAAGUAUACUGCAAUGUAUGUGCAGAUGUCCUUUUCUCUUUGGCCCAAACAUUUGUUUACAAAUUUAAGAUUUUUUGCUCAAGAGCAAUAUCUUGUUACGGCGAUAAAUAAAUGAACAAUCAUUUGUUGUCAAUGAUUUGGAAGUAUGUUCGAGCGAUUUGAAGCCGAAUACCGUUUUCAAUUUCUAGACUUGACUUUAAAAGUGAGAAAUGGUUUAAGCAAGCUAUAAGAAAACCAGUAUGAGCACAUAAUCCAUUCUAGAGAAUGAGUUCCGUUUCAUGAAACUGUUCUCAUGCUCAAAAUCAGAAUCUGUGCUGAGGAUAAAGUAUAAACAUGUCCUCGAGGCAUGUCCAAACAAGACAAUAAUAUGUCCAAACAA